UCCGUUUGCUCACGUCCUUGCCAUUUGCUACUCUCAGCCUCAGAGCACACCGUAGACCUUUCUCCCCGCCGUAACUCCUCCGAACAUCAGGUACAGGACACCAGAGCCUGCCACGUCCGACAAGUCAACCUCAGCGCCGCAGCACCCUUUCCCCGUAAAGGAACCGACAACCACAGCGGAGUCGCCGGCAUCGUAUGAAAUGGACAGCCACGGAAGUCCCCGGAGCUCUGAUAUCGCACAGGUGGCACCCUCUCUGCCGCUUCCCUGGCCCGAAGAUGACCCAUGCCCAGAGUUUCGGUCCCAUUACGCCGUAACAGAUCGGUUCGUUUCGGCCGCCUUUCCCGAUUAUCACACGCAGUCGACGCAGCAGAUGUUCUCUCGAGACGCCACGAGCCCUACAUUUUCACACUCGGCAUGGAUCGACAACGCUGAAGCUCUGCAUGCUGCUCCACAUGAGCUGCCAUCCGAGCCUCCAUCUCACGGCUACCACGCCCCGAUGAUUGAAGCACCGUCCUCCCUCGUCGAUCAACAAAUGCCGCAACGAGUCGAGAACUUUGUGGAGUGUGGGCUCGGGUCUGCGAUGCCGGGCUUUUCGGGAAGUCACACCUCACUCCUGGAUCAUGGAGUCGUCGAAGCCAUCCCUCUUGGCGGUACAAACCCGAUCUACGGCGCCACAGAAGCCCAGGAUAUGAUGUUGUGCACUCAAGGGCAUACGCCGCUUCAUUAUGCCGUCAUCGGAAAUGACCUCCAGAAAGCUAAGACCAUGCUACAUGCCGGUGCCAGCCCGAAUGCCGCAUCGCGCAACGGCACCACCCCGUUGCACUACGCGGCCUACCAACGGAACGUCGAAAUGGUCAAGCUUCUGCUCGACUACGGAGCGAGUCUUGACGCCACUACGGACAAGAAGCGGUCCGUCCUGUUCUUUGCGGUUCGGAGCCACGGCCAACUAGAUAGCAGUGACUUACUCAUAUACGGUGACUCCACGAUGACGGCGAGCAACCCUCCCACGGACGAUGACACGGUGCGUAUCAUCAAUGCGCUCUACAACUCUCCAACUCGGUGGAGAUGCCUGCUGCGUAGUCUUAAUAAGUCUGAUAAAGACGGCGUGACUCCGCUGAUGGUCGCUGCCCGGGGAGGUUUCGGAAAAACAGCGACCCUGCUGCUCGAACGAGGGGCGCAACCGGACCAGCGAGACCACUCGGACCAUACGGCCCUCAAGUAUGCGGCGAUGAGCAAUCACCGAGAUCUAGUUCGUCUGCUGCUGCUAACAGACGAGGCCGUUUCGUCUGAGCGCAAGCCAUCCCACGUUCUGAAGCUGGCUAGCAAGAACAUCCCAACGAGCGACGUCCCGGCACAACACGAACAAGAGACCUGGGAGGAUAGUCAUUUCGUUUCCUCUGCGGCUUUCCUUGCCGAGGAGAUAGUGCGACUUUGCCAGGAAAUGGGCAUGCUGGAUGGACUGCUGAACCUAGCCUACCGUAAAAGCAAACUUCAUCUGCUCGAACUGUUCCUGCGCGCGACGAGACGGCUCGAUAUCGAAACGUCUCAUGGCAAUGGUUCUUGAUCACGGUCAUCUCGAUCAUCGCG